CCGACGCGCAUGCCCCGCGGUGACCUCACGGAGAGCGACCGCGCCGGUGCCGGGGGAAGGAGCUGUUAAGGAAUGCCCAAGAAGUUCCAGGGUGAGAACACCAAGUCGGCAGCGGCCCGGGCACGGAGGGCUGAGGCCAAGGCAGCAGCUGAUGCACGGAAGCAGAAGGAGCUGGAGGAUGCAUACUGGAAGGAUGAGGACAAACACGUCAUGAGGAAGGAGCAGCGCAAGGAGGAGAAGGAGAAGCGGCGCCUGGAGCAGCUGGAGCGCAAGAAGGAGACGCAGCGCCUGCUGCAGGAGGAAGACUCCAAGCUCAAGGGAGGCAAGGUCCCCCGAGUGGCCGCGCCAAGUAAGGUCACGCGUGCGCAGAUUGAGGACACCCUGCGCCGAGACCAGCAGCAGCACCGGGAGGAGCCAGCUGAGAAAGCUAAGAGCCACCUGGAGGUGCCGCUGGAGGAGAACCUUAACCGCCGCGUGCUGGAAGAGGGCAGUGUGGAGGCGCGUACCAUUGAGGAUGCCAUUGCGGUGCUCAGCGUUGAGGAAGAGGCAGACCGGCACCCUGAGCGCCGCAUGCGGGCAGCUUUCGCUGCUUUCGAAGAGGCCCAGCUGCCCCGACUCAAGCAGGAGAACCCCAACAUGCGGCUGUCCCAGCUGAAGCAGCUGCUCAAGAAGGAAUGGCUGCGCUCCCCCGACAACCCCAUGAAUCAGCGGGCCUUGCCCUUCAAUGCCUCCAAGUGACACGGAGUUAGGGACGCUGCCCUGAGCGGCUGAGUUUACACCCUGCUGUGAGCCCUCCAGCCAGGCUGGCUCCGAGGACUGCCGAGUUCCAGGCCCCUUGGCACCUUUCAGGGGCCUUGUGCCAGCACCACCUCCCCCCUCCCGCCAGCGGGUCACCGCUCAGAGUGACACCCCAUCCCCGUGUACACGUGCGCGUGUAGAGCCCUGGAGCCUAGCUCUCAAUAAAGCGGUGGACAAGGCCA